AUGUCUCCAACUACACUACAGAACGCCUUCUCAAAGGACUCUACUACGACAGCUAUCAUCGUUCCCGGCAAUCCACCGUUGUCCGUUUCGUAUCAGAAGCUUUCCGCCGAUGUGAAGGCAUUCCAAGAGAAGCUCGCGCAAGUUGGCGUCAGCGCAGAAGCAGCUGUAUCUAUCGCGCUUCCCAACACGUACGAGUUCAUCGUCUCGUUCAUCGCCGCAUCGUGGCAGAGAGCAAUUGCUGCCCCACUGAACCCCGCAUACAAACAGUCCGAGUUUGAGUUCUACAUUGAUGACCUCAGCUCAGCCAUUGCGCUUCCCGAAAGUACAAUGCAGCCAUCGCUGAGUGUUUCUAUAAUGGCCAAGAGGUGGUGCUGGAUGUGA